AUGGACUCAAGAUCGUUGUUUGUCUUAUUAUGGAUGUUGCUGUCGUCCACCUCCACUGGAAUCAAACUAGAUGGAAAUGGUUAUGUUGACAUUGUCAUUGCAAUCAGUUCAAGAGUACCACAGGAUGACACACUCAUUGGUAAAAUCAAGGAUAUGGUCACUGAAGGGUCUCUUUAUCUUUAUGAUGCAUUGGAUAAAAAGGUCUAUUUCAAAGAAGCUACAAUACUAGUCCCACCUCAGUGGAAUAGUAAGGAUUUUACCAAAGCAAGAACAGAGUCCUAUGGAAAGGCCAAAAUAAUAAUUGAUAAUGCUAAUCCAGCAUACGGCGAUGAACCCUACACUAAUCAGUACGGAGAAUGUGGAGCUGAGGGUCAGUACAUUCAUUUCACCCCAAACUUCCUCCGAGACACUACACUCAUUAAGCCAUACGGGCCAAAAGGAAGAGUCUUGGUGCAUGAAUGGGCUCAUCUGAGAUGGGGCGUUUAUGAUGAAUACAGUGAAGAAAAGCCAUUCUACUACUCUAAUGGCAAUGUUGAAGCUACAAGGUGUAGCAAAAAUAUUGACGGUCAGCUUUCUGAUGUUACUGCUGGAUCUCCAUGCCAAACUGAUCCACGAACCUCACUACCGUCUAAGGGUUGCAAGUUUUUUCCUAACAAAUAUCAAAACACACACAGUUCCAUAAUGUACCUACCUAGCCUGGAUUCUGUCAGCACAUUUUGUCGUGAAAAUGAGCACAAUUAUGAAGCCCCAAACUUGCAAAAUAAAAAAUGUGGCAAAGCAACAUGGACUGUGAUAUUUGAGGAUUCUGUGGAUAAAGACGCACUUCGUUCUCUAAAACCACUGCAGUCUUCUCCACCGGCACCAGUUUUCAAAGUUGUGCAGCGAAUGCAUCGGGUUGUUUGUCUCGUACUUGAUGUCUCAGGAAGCAUGCAAGGCUCUAGAAUUCUUCGACUGCAACAGGCUGCCACACAUUUCCUGCAGAAUAUCAUUGAGGAUCAAGCCAAUGUUGCAAUGGUAACCUUUAGCACUGAUGCUUCUACUCUGAGCUCCUUAACUCGUAUUGACAGUGACACCACAAGAGAACGUCUCGCCGCUUUGUUGCCAAAAAUAGCAAGUGGAUCAACAUACAUGUGUAAAGGCCUCAAUCUAGGCUUACAGGUACUUAAUACGGACAAUGGGGAUGUGAUAGGAGAUGAAAUAAUUUUUCUGACAGAUGGUGAAGCCUCAGAUGACCUUAAUAGUUGUGUUCCGCAUGCAAUUAAUAGUGGCGCCAUUAUACACACAAUUGCUUUGGGUAAUAAAGCAGAUAAAGCCCUGAGGGAAAUGGCUCACAAAACUGGGGGGAAAUUUAUCACAGCCAGUGAUGACAUUCUGUCUAAUCAGCUACUGAAUGGAUUUUCCUCACUAACAGUACCAACAGGAGAUCCAACAAAAGAACCAGUUCAGAUAGACAGUGUGGGAGCAAAAACCUCUGAUUGGUUCAAUGGGACAGUAUCAGUAGAUCAGACUGUUGGUACCAAAACCAGCUUUACAAUAACCUAUGAAACAAGCCUACCUAACAUUUACAUAACGUCACCAAGCGGCUCAAUCUACAAUCAAAUGCAGAUGCGUCAUGAUGAAUCAACAAAAACAGUGACUUUAAAAGUUCCAGGAACUGCACAGACUGGGGACUGGAAAUACAGUAUCAAAAGUCCACAACUUCAGUCUCUGACUGUAACAGUAACGAGUCAAGCGGCACGUGCUGAUGUUCCCCCUAUAACUGUCAAAGCCCACAUGAACCAGAAGUUCAGUGAUGGCGCUAAACCCAUGACAGUGUUUGCUGAGGUUAGUCAGAAUUACAAGCCUGUAAUAAAUGCUGAAGUGUGGGCUACACUGGAGUCAGAUUCUGGACCUGCACAAACAUUACAACUCCUGGACAAUGGAGCAGGAGCUGAUGCUUUCAAAGAUGACGGUGUCUAUUCCAGAUAUUUCACAAAGAUGAAAAACGGGAGAAGCAGCUUGAAAGUAAGAGUGAAGAAUCGAGAUGGACAAGCCAGAUUUACUUUCCAAAAACGGGGUGGUGCACCAUACGUACCUGGAUAUGUGGUAAACGGUGUGGUGGAGCUGAACCCUUUAAAACCUCCAGUUUCGUCAGAAUCACUUGUAAUUGGAAGCUUCACCAGAACAGCCACCGGAGAGAGUUUUGAGGUUGUUCUUAAAAGCACAACCCCACCAAAUUUCCCUCCUAACAGAAUCACAGAUCUGAGUGCUGAGUUCCUGGAGGACACUGUGCUUCUCAGCUGGACAGCACCUGGUGAGGACCUCGACCAAGGGACAGCUAAAUCCUUCAAGAUCAUGUGGAGCUUUGAACUUAAAAUGCUUCGAUUCAACUUCAGCAAUGCUCAUGAAGUCAACAUAUCCGGCAUCUCACCUCAGGAGGCCGGAUCAGUUGAACAGCAUUCAUUCAAUCUCAGUUUCCCAAUCCAAAAUGGCACAACACUCUUCUUUGCGAUUCAGUCUGAGGACAAAGAACUUGUAAAAUCUGAAAUCUCCAACAUUGCUCAAGCUUCAAAGAUCCUCCCUCAUUUAAAACCCACAGAAGUGUUUGAGAUAGACCUGAAAUUUGUGUUUAUUGCAAUUGCUGUUUGUUUGGCCACUGUGGUGAUUAUUGGCAUUAUUGCGAUAACAACAUGGGCGUUGACACCAAGAAAACCUUCUUAGAC